UGAUCGUAUGCGGGUUACAUGGGCGCUUGCACUCCAGACCACUUGGUCGCGCCCCUUACCGUUUCAUUCCCUCUGCACCCCGCCCGUCGUACGCGAAGCCAUUCGCUUGGCUUAGGACCCCUCUCAUUGCUACGGGCCUCAUCUCUGCACACAACAUCAGACCUGGGGACGGGCUCAGAGCCCGGGAGACACGAGCAAGAUGGCGACAAAUAUGCGUGGGCUCACGCAGUUCAUCGCGGAUAUUCGAGGAGCGAGAGUCCGCGAGCUCGAGGAGAAGAGGAUCAACAAGGAGAUGGCGAAUAUCAGGAAGAGGUUCAAAGACGGGAACUUGGAUGGCUACCAGAAGAAGAAAUAUGUCGCGAAGGUCAUCUUCACGUACAUCCUUGGGUACAAGGUCGACGUCGGCCAUAUGGAAGCUGUCAACCUCAUCUCGAGUACGAAAUACAGCGAGAAACAGAUUGGCUACCUUGCAGUCACCCUCCUGAUGCACGAGAACUCCGACUUCCUACGACUUGUUGUGAACUCCAUCCGCAAAGAUCUGAACGACAACAACGAGAUCAGCAAUUGUCUAGCACUACAUGCAAUUGCAAAUGUUGGUGGUCAAGAGAUGGCGGAAGCGUUGGCAGAGGACGUACAUCGCUUGUUGAUUUCGCCGACAUCACCAACCUUCGUGAGGAAGAAGGCUGCAUUGACAUUGCUGAGGUUGUACCGGAAACAUCCAGAUGUCAUACCCGCCGCGGAGUGGGCCCUACGGAUAGUGUCAUUGAUGGACGACGGAGACUUGGGCGUAGUGGUAUGUGUCACCAGCUUGGUCAUGGCGAUGGCGCAAGACCAUCUUGAUGCGUACGCGGUGUGUUAUACCAAGGCCGUUGACAGGCUCAAUAAGCUCGUCAUUGAGCAUGAAUACAGCGCAGCAUAUGCGUAUUACAAAGUGCCAUCGCCUUGGCUCCAGGUCAAGCUACUGCGACUGCUGCAAUAUUACCCCCCGUCAGAGGAUCCGACAAUACGAACUGUCAUGUAUAAGGUCCUCGAGACGAUCAUGAACAACUGUGCCGAGCCAUCGCGCAACGUACAACACAACAACGCUCAGCACGCCGUCCUCUUCGAGGCCAUCAGUCUCGCCAUCCAGCUGGACACCAACUCACCGCUAGUCAACACAGCUGCUAUCCUCCUCGCACGUUUCAUCAGCUCAAAGGAGACGAACGUUCGUUACCUUGGGUUGGACACAAUGGCACAACUCGCAGCACGCACAGAGAACCUCGAUGCUAUCAAGAAGCACCAAGGAACGAUCAUUCUAUCUCUGCGGGACAAAGACAUCUCAGUCCGACGUCGUGCGCUCGACUUGCUAUACAGCAUGUGCGACACGGAGAACAGCGAGCUCAUCGUCGGUGAGCUCCUGCGGUACCUCAAAAUCGCGGAUUACGGCCUGCGCGAGGAGAUGGUGCUGAAGAUCGCAAUUCUAACGGAGAAGUACGCGGGCACUUACAAGUGGUAUGUCGACACCAUCUUGGAACUUCUCAGUGCCGCAGGGGACCAUGUGGGCGAGGAAGUGUGGUAUCGUGUCGUCCAGAUCGUGACGAACACGGAGGAUCUGCAAGCAUACGCGGCGAAGGUAGUGUUCGAGUACUUGCGCUCGCCCUCAUCACAUGAGAGCCUGGUGAAAGUUGGUGGAUACAUCCUCGGCGAAUACGGCCACCUAAUCGCCAACGAGCCCGGGUACAACCCAAUCGAGCAGUUCCAGGUCCUCCAUUCAAAGUCGCAAUUUUGCGCGGCUCCCACUCGCGCUCUCCUCCUAUCAACGUACAUCAAAUGGGUGAACGUCUUCCCCGAGAUCAAGCCGCAACUGGUGAACGUGUUCGAGCGAUAUCGCCACGUGCUCGACGUCGACCUUCAGCAACGCGCAUGCGAGUUCUACGCACUUGCAUCUCGCCCGGAAGACGACGAGCUGCUGCAGAAUGUCUGCGAGGAGAUCCCGCCCUUCCCGCCGCGAGAGAGCGCGCUGAUUGGCAGGCUCAAGACCAAGGGUGGAGACAAAUCUGAUACGCCUUUGGAGCGCGUAUCGACGAAGAAGAUGGCCAAGAAGCCAACGUUCCCCCAGCCAAAUGGCAAUGGAACUGCGGCCAAUGGCAAUGCGAACGACAUAACGAGUUCGCUCAUGGGUCUGGAGAUCACAUCUUCGUCAAACGCACAAUCACCAUCGUCACAGCCCGACCCAUCGCAAACACUUACUGCCCUGGCGGAGAAGGGGAUAUCGAUGUUGACGGUAGGCCCCAACGUCGAGCGCUGGUUCGACAAACUGCUUUACAGCACCGAGGGCGUGCUCUACGAGGACGUGCAGAUCCAGAUCGGCAUUAAGUCGCGGUACCACGGGCACCUUGGCCAGCUCGCGAUCUACAUGGGCAACAAGAUCUCCGCGCCGUUCACUUCGUUCACCGCGACGCUGCACGUCGACGACCCAGACGCGCUCUCCGCGACAUUCGCCAAGAUCGCGCCAAGUACGAUCGCGCCGCGCACGCAGUCGCAGCAGCUCGUGCACGUCGAAUGCAAGAAGCCGUUCACGAAGCCGCCCACCCUGAGCGUGUCGUACCUCGCGGGCGCACACCAGACGAUCGCGGUGCGGCUCCCGAUCGUGUUGACGAAGUUCUUGGAGCAUGUCAAACUGGGGCAGGCGGACUUCUUCGAGCGAUGGCGAUUGAUCGGCGGGCCGCCUCGAGAAGCCCAGCAGAUAUUCCCGAUCACCCUCGACGAGUCAGGCCACGUCGACCGCACCAAGCAGCGCCAGGUCGUCUCCGGCUUCAAUCUGAACGUCCUCGACGGUAUCGACCCCAAUCCCAACAACAUCGUGGCCGCCGGCAUCUUACACAUGUCGAACGACGGGAAGGUGGGCUGCUUGAUGAGAUUGGAGCCGAAUCCAGAAGCCAAGCUCUGUCGAAUCACGGUGCGGAGCACGUCUGAGGACGUUGCGGCGGAGGCCAUGAAGCUCGUCAUGAAGCCCCUCAACGCGGACUCACUGUCAUGACACUUGCAUACUGCGCUCUGCUCUCCUUGAUAUCCUUUCGUUCGUGAUGAUUUACGGAUUCUACAUAGUGCGUGUAUUGCUAUACUGACGA